CGUCCACGCGGCGUCCACUCGCGAACGCGCGGAUACCGUUCGCUCUCUCAGCGCCCUCCACGUCCGAUCGGUUCGGAAGUGACGCGCGCGCGCAGAAUAGUUUCGCGUCACAACGCAAUUAUUCAUUCCCGUGUUGAUUUUAUUCUAUUCCAGGGGGUAUGGGUAUAGAGUUUACAGUGCCUUCGUACGAGAUAUUUCCCAACACCCUUUAGUACCAAAACCUAAUUGCGUAUCUUCCCUCACUUUCCGACGUCACGCGCGCACGCGAUGACGUCGGCGACGCCGAAACGACGGCGCGCGCGCAGAUUUUUGUAUGCGUUCGGAGGACCGACACUCUUAUUUAACCUCAUGCGCGUGUUUGCCAUGUCCGGGCUCGUGGCAACAAUUACAAUGUCAACAGCCGCGGGCGCCGCCCACGGUGGAGGUGCGAGCAUGGACGAGGGACCGGCGCAAAUGCAUUAUAUGCCUGAUCGAUUUCGCAGCCUCGCGGGCGGCGGCUGGCUUACUAUCUCAUCGAGAGACGUGCACAAGAGCCUGAUGCCCAUGCCUGGGAUGCGCGGUGGCGGGGAAGGCGCGAAUGAGUCAGCAGUAAGUGGCAGCGCGAUGAAGGACGAGGUGAAGAUCGAUCUGGCCCACGGUGACCCAGACGGUGAGCGAUCGUGCGAUCUCGUGCAUUACAAGUCAUCCUCGAAUGAGUUGGUGUGUUCACCACGUGCGGUGGAUUGCUGUUUGGACGGACUCACGGCGCAGGAGCUCGCCAGCGUAAGCGAUGGGUGCCCGUCGGUGAGACCAGAGCUGAACGUCGAGGUCAACGGUCAGCGAUUGACGUGGGGCAGCGCUGGUAGAAAUGGAAGGGACACGCUCACGGACGAAAGUCUCAAAGUGAGCCAUGGGCAGACGCCGACGAUCGUGGCGGUCGAGCCGGCUGAGGUUCGUCCCGGUGAGUUGAUCACGGUGUACGGACGAACGUGCUUUGGCGAUGUUUGGAAGAAAGAUGAAGAUGAUGGUUCGUCUCUACGUGAUGAUCCCGACGCACUGCGAGAUCUAUUCUCGGUUGAAGCGAGCGCAAGAGAGGAUCCGCGCCAAGAAAUUGGAUUGGAAAAGUCUCUCUACAAGGUGCUCAUCGGUGACCUACCGUGCGAGGUUCGAGAUCCACUCACAAACAGGUACUACCGAUCCGAGCGCGGCGAUGGUCCAUACACAGCCCACCGGCAAACAGAGUGUGGACCCGUUAACGGUUGGUUUCAGUGCCGUGUACCCCAAGACAUCGAUUCCGGUCUUCAUCUACUUCAUUACGAGACGUACACCAGAGGCAAUGCUGUGAUCCUGUCUGAGGCGCUCAGAUGGAAUGCAUCGGACGCGUCCAAGGGCUACGUGCUGUCAGUGGUUGAUGAUAAGUCGGAAGAUGAAGAUCCACCGCGUGUUUAUAACAUAACGCAGCUCUCGAAGGAUGAGUCCAAACAGCGACUCCUUGUUGAGGGUGCGUCUCUUGAUGCGCCAAAUAUCGUCGUCGAGCUUGACGGGGAGCGCUGUGGUGGAAAAAAGGUUGUGUCCAGAUCUGGCAUCGAGGUUGAAUGCUCAGGUUCAGCUGGAGCGAGCUCGCAGUAUCACUACGGCCCCCCCGCGUGGCUGCGUGAAGACUGGGUGUUCAAGGACAAGAAUAAUAAGUUUGUCGGUGGCAAAGCGUGGUCUAACGCUCUCCACGUUUUGAAGCAGCGUGGAGAAAGGUACAACCCUCUCGCCGACGAAGUCAUGGACGCUUUAAGCUCGGCAUUGGCAACGAAUGGCAUUGUCCGCGGGUACAAGAUCGAGAAAGUUCAACAGUAUCUCACGAGCCCAUCGGUUGGAUCACCAUAUGUUGAGGCAACUAGCGGCAUGAAAGCGGCGCACGCCGGACUCAUCCGUCACCGAAGGAUACGGAAUGCUGUGUUUGAACGUGUAAGCGGAGUCAUCACCGCCAAAGCAAACGGGCGAAUGCGCGUGGCGAUCGCCAAUGCGGCGGGCAAUAACAUGGUGCUUCGUGUGCGACAUGUUUCCGACAACUUAAAUGUAUUCAAACCUUGGUUGUUAGUUUCCAAAUUUUGCGGCACCAGAUACAGCAGACAAAACAUUUAUCGAUACGGCUUUUCACAGUGGUUCAGUGUUCGUGGUAACGAAAAAUACUAUAUGGAAUUUCUGAUGAACUUGGACCCCAGAUACUUGCACAAUUUCGGGGGAUUCGAUGUUAAGAUGGAAUUUUCCUACGACGCGGGUAAUCCUGCGGGAUCAAUUGGGCAACUUACGCACACGACAACGCCUCACGUGCCCAAACGAGCGCAUGGUGGCGAUUACGUCGUGCGCUUUAGCGGCGCUUCGAAAACUGCGAUCAGAUUCGCUCAUAAUGCAACUUCUUCAAGAAGCAAUUUUGAGUGGAAACUCUUCAGUGGCGGCAAGACCAUCGAGUUCAAUACGAAGAAUUGGUUGCAUGCACGCGAACACGUGCGGAAAGUUAGAGACGCUCUGCGAUGGGCUAACUGUACCGCGCUGCCUGAAGACUCAAAGAUGUGGGACGCGGACUCGACCCAUUCUUCGCACCCAUUCGACGUCGAGAAUCGAUGGCUCAUGGUGCGUGAUACGCAGACCUUCAAAGAGCCCACCACAGAUUGGAACUUCAUAUGGCAACGUCGCAUGGGCGGAUUCAGAGGCGCGUCGAUCGACUGGAGUACCUCGUACUGUUCGACACACAGUCAAAAAUUUGAUUUGUCGUCACUACCCCCAGGAAGAGUCAUCACUCCUUCUUCUCAUUUCGACGUACCUGCAUCUUCUCGUGCGACGACGAAUAAGUUUCUGAACUUUGCCUACAAAGUCACUCCGGGUACGCGAGCGACCUUGUUACUUCGUCUAAAGUACCGAAGCGGUAAUCGGGACAUAUCGACCACGUGCGCGGUUCUCCUCACCCAUGAACAAGCGACUGGGAACGUGAAGAACUUCGAUCACCCAGCGUGUGUGGACCUUCGAAGCGUCUUCAAGGAUGAUGGAGAGUGGCACUUUAUUUCAUUCGAUUGGCGAACUGCGUUGGCCGGUGGUGAGUAUGCCCCGAGUUAUUUGGGCGAGGCUAUGUUCCCGCAUAAAGUGCAAGUUCAACUCGAUGGUAUCGGUGUCGGCGCGCAGAGAUUCCUCGGCAAGUGUCCGAAUAAACAGCGCUUAGCGGAAAUGUAUGUCGGUGAUGAAGGAAGUGAACUGCGCGGUUACCUCUGGUUGGAUAGCGUUUCUGUGACACAGGAACGCUACUCUCCUCAACGAGUCGAGACGCCCUCUGCACAGCUCGGAGGUAUGCAAGAAGGCGUUCACGCAAUCACAGAUAUUGAAUAUUCGGUCAUCAGCCGAAGCGAUGGCUCUAAGUGCAAAUCGCUGUCGGACUGUGAUAUCAUCGUGAGCCUGCGUCAGGUGAAGAGAUGCAUUGAUGCGCAGUCGCGAGGCGAUUUCAAUAUUUCGCCGAUGGUGAUGUCACAGACGAGUCCAAACCCGCAACCCGCGACGGUCUCGUGUGGUCGUCACUAUGCAGCGAACUGCUCGACUUGUCCGUGGAAGGUGUCCGCGGAAGGUGUCCGUGGAAGGUGGAUGGGCUGGAAAUAUUGCAAUGGUGCGUGCGAAUGGAGAUGGCACGGGCGUAUCAAUGCAGGUGGCACGUGCGUGUCAAAGCCAGCUCCAACUCCUCCGGCAAUAACAGUCACGGAUCGUACUUCUUCAACACGUGGAACCGUCACUGCACAGAUCACAGGGGGGACGAUGACGCAAUUUUCCACCUCUGCCAAUUCAUCUGAAGUGCAGGACGCAUUACGUCAUGUCCUCGGAGCGCACGACGGAGGCUUCGUGGUGAGUCCAAGCAUGGAUUUGUUUGAUGCGUGCGGUGUGAGCGCUCAUCGCAUGCGCGUUGCGCAUGCGAGCGAUCUCGAAUCGAUCCAAGCGCGGUACAAAGAAGUCGUCAAUGGUGUGCCCCUGGGAAUGCUACCGAAAUCUUCCCGAGGCCGCACUGCGGAAAAUGACGCAGGUCUCCUUAAUAUAACUGUGAAUGUCUCAGGCGGCCUCGCUGAGAUAGUCGCGACAGACGAGUCGAGCGAUUUCAUCGGUAUGGUGCCCCUGGACACGAGAACAGAUCUCGAUGUGCGCGCCUUGAUUCGCGGUGGCGACGCCGUGUUGGCGACGGCUGUUGUGACGGAUGGCGACACAGUCGUACCAUGUUCUGUCUCACCUGACCGUAUGUCUGCGACUGGCUUCAAACAAGUUCCGAACGGGCAGGCAUUCGUUGGCGAUGCUUCUUGCCACAUCAUUGUGCCACACGAGGAAGUUGCAUCUGACGCGACCGUGCACGCUCCGACGGAGUUGAAUCAGGAUGGUUUUCCCUCACUCGGUGAGUCCGUGAGUCAAUCGAGUCCGACAGACCAGAAACGUCGACGGGACGUCGAAACUAUCCGUCGGCGCAGCAUGUCAAACUCGCUAAAAUUUCCUGGCCAUGAUACCUGGGCAAAACGAGAUCUAUCGAUGAGUAGAUCCGAUCUUGGACGAUUAACAGUCACAGUGGUUGGUUUUGGUGCGCGUGUGCACAACGGCGCCGCGCACCGUAGAGCUGCGAAUCACGCGCGGAAACUGUUGAAAACGGAACUCGUCGCGAAGGAUGCAGGUCAGGGGAGUCUCAACAAUACGAAAAGCAAGUAUGAAUUUCCGGCGGGCGCGGGUCGAUUCAGUGAUCCAUCGACGUGGGGUCCUCGGGGAGUGCCGGACCAAAACUCGACGGAUAUGCUCUUUAUUCCUGCCGGUUUCAAUCUUACUCUGGAUGUCGCCGAUACGUACUUCCGCGUGUGGGUGAUUGAGGGGCACCUAAAUUUCCAACGGGGCAUGAACAUCACGAUGCAAGCAGAAAUGAUCGUCAUCAACGGCGACGACGCACACUUUAGCAUUGGGAGUGAAACACGUCCCUUUGAAGAUCAGGCGAAUAUCAUCAUGCACGGUCACUGGCGAUCCCUCGGCUUGCCCAAAUAUGGGGUGAAGUGCAUCUCACUGACGAGCGGACGAUUAACAUUCUAUGGUCAGCACGUCACGCCUUGGAUGGAACUGGCCACUACGGCUUCAGCUAACGCAAACGUUAUUUCCGUCAGAAGCAAGGAAGGCAAGACUCCAGAUCUCGCCGGAUGGAAACCGGGUGCGAGUAUUGUGGUGACGUCAACCUCUUACGGGGACAGGAGAUGUCGGCAAAACCGUACAGACGACUGUCAACCCGAGGAGCGCGUUAUUGAAUCUGUCACUCCUAGAGGCAACUUUGCGGACAUAACUCUCGAUCGACCGUUGAAGUAUGAACAUUUGGGUGAAUCCGUGAAUGUGGCGGGAAGCCCCCGCGGGGCUACGAUUGAGCGUCGUGCUGAAGUAAUGCUUCUCACGAGAAAUAUCAACGUGCGCGGCACGACUGAACACAAUGGGUAUAAGCUCGUCGGCUUUGGCGCGCACACUAUGAUGAUGUCUGGUCAAAUGGUGUUGAAAAAUGUUGAAUUCGGCCCAAACGUCGGACAGGCCUUCCAACUGGGUCGGUAUGCCAUCCACUACCACACGCCCAAUGAAAAGAUGUUCAAAUAUGGUUUGACAGCCUCAAAUGACCCGAGGAUGCAGGGCGCAGACCAGCGCUUGAGUCGUGUGGAGGGAGUCUCGGUCCACCAAUCAAACAACCGUGCGAUCGCGGUGCAUGGUUGUUAUCGACUGAACAUCAUUAACAACGUCGCGUACAACAUCUUGGGACAUGGGAUGUUCGUUGAAGAUGGUGUGGAAAUGUGGAACCUCUUCAAGGACAACGUUGUUUCUCUAGUGCAUCGCUCUUUCUCUCUUUUGAACACUGAUCAAACACCUGCAGCGUUUUGGAUAUCGAACGCUAACAAUUUCUUCAUCGGUAAUCGAGUGUCAUCGAGUAAUCAUCAUGGAUAUUGGUUUGACCCACCAGGAGGACCUACCGGACCGUCGUCGCGAACGCUCACGGGGCCUUUGGAAAUCCAAAAAUUAAGCACUCGGAAGGUACCGCUCGGCCAGUUUGAAAAUAACAGAGCCCACUCGAAUGGCCACUCCGGACUUUGGAUUGAUCAAAUAAACACGGUCUUGCAGCAAGGCGGCAGGCUCAGAAUGUACAUGGUCGGUACCCACGUAUGGAACAAUGGAAUCAACGGUUUCGGAAUGAUUACCGGCGUUGGGCAUCUACAGAUUGUGAAUACGUUUGCCAUGGGCAACGGGAUUGACAUCAUGUAUAUCAAGUCGACUGGUGCGACGUGGGCGAUGCCGACGAAUGGUUGGUCCGGUAACUUGGUGUACAACGCCACCCUUCGCGGUGACCCGAAACGCAAUACCCAGGCAAUCGGCUGUCCGCACGGCGGAUGGGUAACAUUUAACGAUAUCCUCAUUAGUGGCUAUCAAAGUAGGUUGCCCCCAAUACACCACUGCGCUGUGUGUCCGGGUUUCAAAGGCGGCAUGGAAGUUCGUUUCAUGAAUAUGAAAUUCGUCGACAGUGAUACAAGGCGGCUCCGCGGUGGUUCAACAUCUCGACCGCGCGUAUUCUGGAACGGGUACAACUCCAACCUUUUGCUCGACGUGGAUGGGACCCUGAGUGGAUCGCCAGGUCCACGAUGGGCGCAUUCAGUCAAGGGCGCCAGUGAUGAUCCCAGGAACCGGCCGACGGGUCAUUUUCCGCCAGAACACUGCACCCUCAAUGAUCACAUCGGAGGUGUUGUUUGCGACGCCAACACUGUGUCGUUGCGAGAGGUGCAGUGGCGCCGUAUCAAGCCCAUGACCCUUAUACCCAUGGCGAUGCAGACAGCACCUGAUCAAAAUGCAGGGCAAGUGAACUUUUAUCAUUACGACCAUAUCGAGCGACGUUUCAAUUGGCGUACGACAUUGGUUAUGGUUAAAAGUCCGAACGCGAAGCCAUACAUCCAUAACUUUACGUUUAAGUUUAAAACAUGGCAAAUUGAUGACCCGGACGCUUGGUACAUGGAGGUCCGUGAGCUUCAGCCCAAUGAAUGGGCUAUAAUGCGAUUCCCCACACUCCGCAAUCCGUGGCGUUGGAACUUGAAUUCAAGAAUACCGACGGUCACAUUGAAUAACUACAAUCAAAGUGAUUAUAGUUUCAAUGAGAGCAAGGCCAUCACCACCACGAGCAACGAAUGGCUGAGUUGGAAAAAUCACAAGUUCGGCGACCACACAUACCUACCCGUUGUGGAGACAAGGGAUGUUAAUGUAAAGCCAGAUCCAGGGCUGCUCGAUAUCAUGAUAUCUGGCAAGCGCGAACAAGGAUGGACACAAUCGUACGCCCUCGGUGCCAACUAUGAUGGCGCGCGUGAAGAUAUGCCCGUCUGCACCACUUCAUGCGGAAGCUCGGCAAAGUCAACAUGUGGCAUGAAACGCUACAACUGCAGACCGGGCGACAAGAAACGAUGUUUGCCGAUGGAAAAGCCUGCAAACUGCUUCGACAAUCGACCUAUACCCGAGGUAGAUCCCGAGCCUAAAACUUUUUCCUGGUGCGACUCAAACGAAGUUUGGUCUCCGCCGGCAUUCGGGGAUGACGUCAUGAUCAAGGCUGGUUGGACGGUCAUCUUAGAUGAAACCUGUCUGGUGACCAACAUAACUAGACACGUGGAUUUAUAUGGGUCCCUGUUGCUUCGUGAUCCAGGCGCUGGUAAAACCAUCAAGUUCCGAGCGCAGACCAUCCACGUCGCGGCUGGGAUUGGAUACCUCGAAGCUGGUGACCAGGAUGAUCCGAUAUCGAAUGGCGACGUUCGUAUCGAGCUUUAUGGGAACAGAUUUUCUAACGCUCGAAUGGGCUACGGUAUGGAGACAAAGUACAUCGCCGUUCUCGGACACCUCAGCCUCGUCGGAAAGGCGAGCGUGGAGCAAACGUGGUCGACGCUUAGAAGCGAUGCGCCCGCGGGAAGCAGUACAAUUGAAACGACAGCCUGUGGCGGUUGGAAUACUGGCGACACGCUCAUGAUUGGUGGCGCUAUGCACAAUUGGACCGGGAUCAAGCAUGCUUGGUUUUUGAGCGCGGAGCGCUGUGAUAUUUCCUCCAUAGCAGUUGCGAGCGAAGGUUGCGUCAUACGGUGUACUUCCAGCUUCAACUACACGCACUCAGGCCCGGCCCAAAAGCACGAGGUCAGUUUUGGUGGAAUGCCAGUGACUCUCAUGCAUAGGCGCUCUCCAGGUGGGCGCGUGCAGGUAGUUGGCAUGGAAGACAAAAACAAGGCACUGGCAGAGCAGCACUAUGGUGCUGUUAUUACUAUCCUGAAACCGAAAAAGAAAGGCUAUGACGCAAAAUUGGCUAAGAGAUUCAAGAUAGAACUCAAGACGCCCGAGCGCAUGCAAGCGGCAACUGAAAGCAUGAAACAUGAUCCCCCGCCUGAAUGCCACCGCAGACAAGGUUCGGCUGUGAUCGUCAAUGUCAACUUUGCGCAUUGCGGUCAGCGGCACUCUAGUCGCGCGUGUGUUUCUUUUGCCGCCGGUAUUGGCGCUGAGUAUCGAGCUACGUUCGCAGAAACGACAUCGAUGGCACUCGUUGCGAACAACACAUUUGCGGACGCCUACAAUUUUGCCGUGAGCGCAGCAGGAGAUGGAAUUAUUAUAGAGAAUAACGCCAUCGCACAAACCUAUCACGGUGGAUUCGAGGUCUCUGGUGCGAACAACACAAUGUCUAAUAACGCAGCUGUUCGAUUAUUCGACGAUGUUAGUGAUUACUUUCACGACAUUGGGUCGGUUGGUUUCAAGUUGUCGGGAUCAGGGAAAUGGUAUACUAACGUCGUCGCCUCCGUGCAGUACACUGGGUUUAAAAUUCCUGGAUAUCCGUGCGAAAUGAUGACUCCAGACGUGGAGGAUGAGGGUUUAGACGUUCGCGCUGUGACCACCGUUCCCGCCGAACCUACAAUGCGUGACCUUCGCGCGUAUGGUGGCAUGGUAGGCGUGAAUCUGCGGGGCGGGCGUACUCGGAUGGUCACACGUGAACCGGUGGAGGCCUACGCGCCGCUCGAGUGUCGCCAAUGGAGCGACUUCGAGAUUCGUUCAAUGGUUUGGUACGGCGUAACCACGUUUGGUCAGGGAAAAACGUCUAUUGUGUUGAAAAACUUUAAUAUUUGGGACACCGGACUUGGUUUCGCGCUGUGGAUGGUCAACGGUGGCUCAGCCGCAGGUUCGAGCAGCGAGCGAGGGCAUUUCGCAGAAAUCAGUGACACGACGAUAAUCGGUUCUGCAAGUCGAUGUAGAAACGACGGCAUUGGGUUUCCCGCGUUUUACUUAACGGCAGAACCGUACCGGCCGGAUCAAGGAGUGAAAACGCCAUCGCGCUUUGGUGGAACGACGCUAAGAAACAUAAGGUUUCGCGAUUUCGGCGCAUGUGAAAAGAAAGGCGUUCGUCAAGUUCGUCAAAAGAAUUACGCAUUGGUGAACGCCAUGAACCGUGGGCGAUACGCGUGGGUUUACUACGACAACGCGAACCCCGUGCGAUCUUCUGGCUUGAGCUUUAAGGGUGUACCAUUCGAAAACAGGUUACUCAUGAUCCAUCCAAGCUGGGGUCGAAUAGGCAAUGGGAAAUGGGGCUGUGCCCAAAUGUACUGCGACGGACAUCGCAACACGUUUGUGAUGGAUGAGGACGGUUCGCUGCUCGGUGAUAACGCCGCAUUCGGGACCAUCUUGCCCGAAAACGAGAUUGGUUGGUUCAAGAAACUGGCCUAUAUCGAUCCGCUCAGCCGUGACAUUCUUGAAGAUUUGGCCAUCUCAAAAUGGGCUGUCGAAAGGAGGCUUCAUGGCAGGCGUGGCUCUGUCCCGAACACAGGCACAGGCAAAUAA